AUGAGUUCCGAGGCUUCGCGGCCAUUAAUUCUACCUCAAAAUCGGAAACUACGGCACUUACAAGGCAUAUACGUCCGGAAUCUGACUCUUUCUCGUCCGCGGGGAAAAACAAUCGACGAUGCAGGUCUAAAUAAAUCACCACAGAAGCUCGAGGCUUUGCGCCGCGAGUCGCAAUUGCAUCAUGCGCAAUCAUCGGGGGAUUUACGACCUUCUGCAAGAACCAGGAGAUCAAGUUCCAAUUGGGUAGGGGCAAGUCCGUCUAUAAGACAGAAGAAAUUGGAGGAUGUAAGGGAUAGUCGAAUGGCAGAUAGCUUCUUCACAUUGCAUUGCGAGGGACAGGAUGAUCCGAUAUAUAUCAGCGAGGUUGUAGAGAAGGCAAUGAAUCCUACGUUUCGAUCCUUCGAUUUGUCUUCCUUUGGUCCUGCGACAACGCGACUCGAUACUGUUAUUGUAAAGAUAUGGGUUAAACGACAGGAUUUCGUUCCAUUGAUCGAAGAGGAAGUCAAUCUUCAGUCGUUGCAAUUCUUAGGGCGAUUGGAGAAUCACCCUUUCCCAUCCAAUUCUAUUAUUUUCCAGCUCGUAGACGGCAUAUAUACCAUUGAUCUUACUUCCAAGCCACCUCGACCAAGGCCUAGCAUUGCGCUCCCCACAUCCUCCUACAAUGCACUGAUGCGCCUCUCAAAUCUCGAUGAAUCCAUCCAAGAUGCCUUGGCUACCCGCGAACAACUGACUUCUCAGAUAAACAACAUACUUACUGACAAUACUUCUCCGUCAACAUAUAUUCCAGUUGCUAAAGAGUCCCUCGCUCUCGCCAAACGUUAUGUUACCACAUCCCGUAAACUCCUCCACCAAUCCCAAACUCGUCAGCACGAUCUAAAAACAUCUAUAUCUUCACGGCGCGCCGCCAUUUCCUCCGGGUAUGCCGUCCAGUCUGCCGCCGAGACUGACGUUCAAAAUGCCCAGGAACAUCUCAACAAUUCCCGUACUCUCCUCAUAAACACAAAGUCGCUUAUUCGCGAUCAUCGUCGUCGCCUCUGUGAAGAACUCAUCGAAAUAUACCCCAUCGAGCCCACCUCUCACCCUCUUCUUUUCACAAUCUGCGGUCUCCCUCUCCCAAACACCACUGAUGACGAUAAUGUCUCUUCUGCCGACGAGGAUGUCGUAGCCGCCGCUCUAGGCUAUGUCGCGCAAUUGGUCAAUCAUCUCCAGUAUUAUCUAGGAGUUCCACUCCCCUACCCCAUCACACCACAUGCUUCUCGAUCUCUUAUCCACGACCCUAUAUCCCUCGUACAAGACCGGCAAAGAAUUUUCCCCCUCUAUCCCCAAUCUGUCAUUCGUUUUCGCUUCGACUGGGGCGUAUUUCUCCUGAACAAAAACAUCGAAGCACUAGCCGAAUCUCAGGGUCUCCGUGUCCUAGACAUCAGACAAACAGUCCCGAAUCUAAAAUACCUAUUGUACGUCUGUAGCGCAGGCUCCGAAGAAUUACCAGAAAGGAAAAGAGGCGGGGUCAAAGGAUUACUAAUUGGAGGUGCUGGAACCAUCAGAGGAGGAAGUAGAAGGGGAAGCCAAGAUAGCGCGGUCACGACGGGGGUCGGUGAUGCGGUGAGAAAGGCAUUGGAGCAUGGAAAUGGGGAAAUCGGUCUUGGAUCGGGCAUGGAAAAUGGUGCUAGAAAUGGAAAUGCACAGGCAGCGCAUAAUGGUCAAAUUCAAAAGGAGCCAUUGGUCAUGGCAGGACAUAGUUUGAGGACGAGUGGGUUGAGAGAAAAUGUUCAUUAG